GUCCGCGUCUUCAUCAGCGCCAACCCCGAAGAUACAAUAGCAGAAAGGAGCGCCCUAAGAGAACAUGUGUAUCCUAAGCUGAGGGAAUUCUGCAGGGAAAACUAUGGGCUGGAAUUUCAGGUUAUAGACUUAUACUGGGGAGUUGAAGCAGACGAAUGGGACAGUCCUGAGCUGCAGAAGACUCGUAUGAGGCUGUUAGAAGAUUGCUUGAAGACUUCUGCAGGUCCAUGUUUUGUUGGCCUACUGGGAGAGAAAUAUGGGAACAUCCGAAUACCAGGAGAAGUUGACUCAUCAGAGUUUGAAAUGAUCCUAGAUGCUGCAGUAGAGGCUAAGCUGGAGACAAGGAUUUUGGAAGACUGGUACUGCAGGGAUGAGAAUGCAGUGCCACCAGCAUAUUACCUCAGACCAAAAUCUGAAAUGCUGAAGAGCUACCAGAAUACGAUGGAAUCUUCUUCAAAUCCUGUGAAUGAGAUUAAAUGGCAGGAUGUAUCAGAAGAAAUUAAGAAGAUUUUUAAGACUGCUGUGAAAUUGCUGUAUGAGAAAGGAAAAAUGAAACGCAGCCAAGCAAAGAGGUAUCUUUCCUCAGCAAUUGAAGAUGAACUUGACUUUGCCUUGGGUAAACAAACACCAGCUUUCCUAAAAAAGUGUGUUUGCUAUAUUCGGAAAAUUGCCAACAUCGAGCGUUUUGUUAAAAUUCCGGAGAUGGGAAAAUACAUGGAUGUAGUACACACAGCUGGGAAGUUUCUGCGGGAUCCGGAGGCCCAUGAGAAGCUGCUGAAGCUCAGGGAUGAGUUCAUUCCUACCAUAGUUGCAUCAUCCAACCUGCGAGUGUACACGUCCAUCACACACUGUGACAUGAAGCUGGGGUACUCGCAGGAAGUGGAGAAUCAUUACAUUGAAGGACUGAGUAAGCAGUUCUACGAAGACUUGAUUGACAUAAUCCAAGCAACAGUACAACAGAACUUUGACACUGAGACAGACUUGCUCUAUGAUGAAGUUCUUCAACACUCGUCACUAUGUAAAACAUACUCCAUGUUUUAUGAAUAUAGAUGUGAGGCAUUAAACAUAGUUCACAAGUACCUCUUACGCAGCAAAACGGGACACGUUAACCCUCUUAUCGUAUAUGGAGGACCGUGCACAGGGAAAACUCUUCUACUGGCUGAAGUGGCAAAGAAGGCCUAUUCUUGGCUACAAGAAGAGAUGGGACCAGACUCCGACCCUGUGGUGGUCAUAAGAUUUUUGGGAUCAACAGAAACAAGUACAGAUCUGAAGCAUAUACUUCAAAGUACUUGUGAACAAUUAGCAGUCAACUAUCGUUGCCUCGUACAAAGUUACCCCAAAAAGAUUCAUGAUCUUCGGGACUUGUUCAUAAAUCUCUUGAAUGAGUCUUCAUUCCACAGGCCACUGGUCAUAAUACUUGAUGCGCUAGAACAACUAACAGAUAAUGAUGAUGCUAGGAAGCUCUGGUGGCUUCCCAUCCACCUUCCCCGUUCAGUGCGGAUAAUUUUGUCAACACUGCCAAACAAACAUGGGAUCCUGCAAAAACUGAGGUGCCUUAUUCAUGACGAAGACAACUACAUCGAACUGCAUGCAAGGGACAGAAAGAUGUGUAGCCAGGUACUGAAACAUCAGCUGCUGCGAGUGAAAAGAAAAGUAACGUCAGGGCAACAAAUUUAUGUUAAUGAAGCAUUCUCCAAGUGUACGCUGCCUAUGUUUGUAAACUUAACCUUCAAAGAGGUCCGCAACUGGAGGUCUCACAAAGAUGUCGAUGAGUCCUCCCUCUGUGUCACUGUACAUGAAAGCAUAGAGCAAUUGUUUUGGUCACUGGAAAGCAAGUGCGGAUCAAGACUGUUGUCGAGAGCACUUGGCUACAUCACUAUGUCCAAAUCUGGCCUCAGUGAAAUGGAAUUAGAAGAUAUUUUAGCCCUUGACAACAGUGUUAUAUAUGAACUAAAUGAGCGUGUCAAAGAAAGCAACCCUUUGAGGAUUCCAUAUAUAUACAUUGCAAGGCUUAAGGAGGGCUUACAGGGAUACUUAAUAGAACGGCAAGUGAAAAAUGUAACACUUCUUCUUUGGGCAAACAGGCACUUGCAACUAAUUGCCCAGAAAUUGUACUUGAACAAUGAAGAAGAUUUGCAUGAGAUGCACACAGUCAUGGCAGAAUAUUUCCUUGGUGUUUGGUCAGGUGGGCGAAGAAAACCUUUGUACAGCCGUGACCAGUAUUUGAAUGGUUGUCCUGACCGUGGCAGUAGACGCAUGAACGAGGAAGAAAAGCACGGUAUGGAUCAGGCUGCUUUUGACAGGCAAGCACCUGAUCAGCCAUGGGUCUUCCAGUGUAACCCACUGGAGCCUGACAUCUUCUUUAUCAACCACAGAAAAAUGACAGAGCUUAUACAUCACUUGACGCGAUGCGGGCGAACAGAUGAUCUCCUCUAUGGAGUCAUCAUGAACUUCAGCUGGCUGUACACCAUGAUUAGAAUAGGGCAGUUCGAUAAGGCCCUUUCUGAUAUCGAAUUGGCUUACACCUACUCGCAAGAAAAGGAGCUGAAAUUUCUUGCGAGCACCCUCCGCAGCAUAAAGUUCAAAGUAGUGAAAUACCCAGGUUCUCUGUCUGCUGAGCUGCAGCAGAGGCUCCUCCCGGUAGUAAGUUCAUUGCCUAAACUGAGACACCUGCUUUUAGAAUGCGACAAGGAUGGACCCAAGUACUGCUCCAUAGUUCCUUUGCAUUCUUCCAUGGAUGUGACGUACAGCCCCGAGCGCCUGCCCCUGUCCUCCAGCUGCAUGCACGUCACGGAAAUCCUGCCUACUUUCAACCCCAGCACAAUUAUUGCUGCUUUGGAAAAUGGCUCCAUCAGCACCUGGGAUGUAGAGACGCGCCAGUUGCUGAGGCAAAUUACCACAUCUCCAUCUGUCAUCCUAGGGAUGAAACUCACCACUGAUGAGAAGUAUCUGGUAGUGGCUACAACAAAGAACACUCUUUUGAUAUACGAUAACAUAAAUUCCUGUCUCUUGUCUGAGGUAGAAAUUAAGGGGUCAAAACACUGCGGAAUCGGGGGGGACUCAAAUUUUAUAAAUGGAUUCACAUUAUCAGUCAACCAUGCCCUUGCCUGGCUGGAGGCCAGCAAGGAUGUCACAGUAAUAGAUCUGCUUUAUGGCUGGCCUCUCUAUCACUUCCACUGCUGGUACGAAGUGACGUGUGUGCAGUGCUCUCCAGAUGGAGUUUAUGCAUUCUGUGGGCAGUAUCUGAACACCACAACCAUUUUUCACUUAGGCAGUGGAGAGAAGCUGGCCACUGUGACCUCUGAAUUUUCUAGUGGAUUUGUGAAAUUCCUUCUCAUUCUGGACACAGCCCAGGAAAUGGUGAUGGUGGACAGUGAGGGGAGCCUUUCGGUGUGGAAUACAGAGGAAAUUGCAAAUCCCCAGCUUACAGAUGACUUGGACUGCAGGAGAGAAGACAGUGAAGUUGUCAGCGUUGAGCUGUCCGAAGACCAAAGUGCAAUUUUAAUUUGUAAGGCUGCCAGCAUCGAGCUGCUUGACACUCGUGUGUGGAAGGUGGCUGAAAAGUUCAGAGCCAAACACAACGAGCGCUUUGUAUCUGCCGUGCUGUCCAAAAAUGGCAACUGUAUAAUCGCUUCAAUAGAAAAUACCUCAGCCAUUUUUGUUUGGAGAAGAGAUACGGGACAGUGUAUGGCAAGUUUACAGGAAAUCUCAGGAACUAUAGUCAGGCUAAUUAAAUCCAAUCAUCACAACAUGCUGCUAUCCUUAUCCACCAGUGGUGUCCUUUCUAUUUGGGAUAUAGAUAUCAUAACAGCUAUGUCCAAUAUUGACAAGUCUGGCAAACCAAUCCAGAGACUGGUGUUGCCAGCCAGAGGUGAAUUAAUAUAUACCUUGGAUGGAUCAGAUUCUGUCCAUAAGUGGAACUUCAGUACUGGAUUCAUCGAAGCUGUGUUCAAGCACGAAGGUACUGUUGAAAACUGUGUGCUGACCUCUUCUGGAGAAAUAAUGGUUACAUCGGACGAUAAAUGCAGCCAGUACGUAUGGCACACUGUCAGUGGUGAAAAUAUCUUUCGCAUUAACGGGCAGAAAAUCUCAGAGCUGAUGAUUACUCACAACGAUCAAUUUGUAGUCUCCCUCUGCGAGCAGAACGCAUCCAGAGUGUGGCGGCUGGCUACAGGACACAGAGUUUGUAAUAUUCUCGUUGCCUUACACAACGCAUUUAUAACCACUGCAAAUACCUUCGUAGUUGGAAUGGCAAAGAAUAAAGUGUUGGCAGUGAGUCUCUGGACAGGCAGUAUAACCAAGAAGUUUUCCUGUGACGACGGUGCAAUCAUUGUGGAUAUUAAGCUGAUACCAGAUUGCCCAGAUAUUGUUGUGUUUAUAACAUCCACUGAAACUGUGAACAUCUGGAGCCUAACAGAGGAAGUCAUCUGCAGGCGUGUACAAUUGCCUAACAAUUUCUUAAAAAAUUUGGAAGAUUUUGAAAUAUCCCCCAAUGGGAAGCUCGGCAUUAUAUCCCGCGGAGAUGAGAACAUCAACGUACUCGAUCUGCACAGCGGGAAGCUUCGCGUGCUUCACGCGCCGGGGGUCGUCUGGCGGCAGCGGCUCUCUCGGGACGGCCGCUACCUUGUGUACAUCUGCUUUCGCAACGAAGACGACGACGACAACGGCGCGGUCUCCACUUUGAUAGUCAUGAGGCUAGCAGAUGGCAAAAACAUAGGUGCCUGUUCUCUCUAUAAAACUCCCACUUUCCUUGCACUCUCUCAGAGGCAUUUGAAUAUCAUUAUUGGAUUUGAUGACGGAAGUAUAGGUACUUACACGGUAGUUGAUCGAGUAGACGCCACACUGAAAAUCAAAAUCGCCACUUCAAACAGCCGCCAAAUUUUCAACAACGCAACACAAGUGAUUAGGCCAAAAUGUCACAACUACAGCUUCAAAGCGACUGCAGACUGCAUUUGGAGGGAAUCGACUGAAGUAUUUGCAAGGGACAGCCCCAUUACAGUGGCAGAGCCUGAGGUAAGUGAAGCAACACCAACCAAAAAACACAACUAUUGCUAUGAGAAAGUGUGCUCAGCCAUAGAUUGCAGAGGACACAGUUUUACUGCUGACAACUGAGCAUCCGUCUGGACUAGUUUACCUGAGUAAUAGCAUAUAGGCAUAGGUUGCCUUCUGAAUUCAAGUGAAAAUCAGUGCAUUUCUUGGAGGACAGAUAGAAACAGCAGAGGGCAGACCAGCUGUUUUUUUCCUCAGCAAAUAUUCUGGCAUUUAUGUAAACGAGAAAAGCAAACGAGCAAAUAUUUAACCUAUGGGCUGCAGGGUUUUUUAAAUUUCGGAAUACAAGGUUCAGUCCAAGAUUCCAUCCAAGGCCUUGACUGAAAAUUUCUAGCAAUACUAUCAAAAGUGUUACACUAUUACAGAAGGUAGGAGAUCUUACUUGGGGUUGGCAAACUGCUUUGACUGGAACUAAAGCUCCCUGUGGCCUGGGAGAAGCGGCAGACCACUGUUUUCUAAACCAAAUUGCCUGGAUGUGGUCAGAGCUGGGUCUAUUGCUAAUAGCCAACUUUAUAUCCACUAGCAAAAAUAAGUUUUUCUGCUUGAUGGUGCAAUGACAAGAUGUCACCUGCCAACCUGGAACACUUGAUACAUUCCAUCAUCACAUAAAAAUAGUUACUUUUUUUUUUUUUUAAUUAGGAUUAGUCCUUGGGUUGAACAGAGUAGGCACCAGUGAGUGGCAAAUCUGUCAACAUUUGAGGUGAUAAAUACUCAUUUACCUCAAUGAAGGGACUGAAAGAUCUUUUUUUUAAUUGCAUGCAGGGAUUUCAGGUUUCUGUAUUGUGAUAAAAAUGAUAAAAACCUAAGUCAUUACAGGAAUAUAGGGUCUUUUUUUUUCUUUUUGGUUUGGGGAGUUUCUUUGUCUUCACAGUGUGUAUUAGUACAAGGUGUAAUUAAAACUUUUUCAAAAAGAAAGGGCAUUACAGACACAGUUAAACACCUGUUAAC